AUGAUAGCAGUUCAUAUGAAACCUGAGAACACGUUUCAUGCACUGGGAGAGAAAACGGCUGUGGAGAAAAACCUCACUUGGGCAUCGAUAACAGCAACGCAGCUCAUCUAUUUUGCAUUUUUUGAUUCAGCAUUGAGCUGCAAUGAGAACGAUGGCGAUCCGAUGGACAGAGACUCGCAGUACAGCACCAACCAGAAGACCAAGCGCAUGAGAACGUCAUUUAAACACCAUCAGCUGAGGACCAUGAAGUCGUAUUUUGCCAUCAACCACAAUCCUGACGCCAAGGAUCUGAAGCAGCUGGCCCAGAAAACAGGCCUCACCAAGCGCGUCCUACAGGUCUGGUUUCAGAACGCUCGGGCCAAAUUCAGACGAAACCUCCUGCGUCAGGAGAACACGGGUGUGGACAAGACCUCGGACGGGUCAACCCUGCCUGGAGGAACGCCGUCCAGACCGGCCUCAGAGAUUUCUAACACCUCCAUGAGCCCGUCCAGCACUCCCACGACCCUCACAGACCUGACCAACCCCACGAUGCCCACCGUCACCUCCGUACUGACCUCUGUCCCGGGCAGCCUGGACAUUCACGAAUGCCGGAGUCCAUCGCAGGGCACCUUAACAAGCCUCUUCUGAUGCUCAGAUUCGAGCACAUGGACGAGUCACCUUCAUCUGCUUCCUCCGAAGACCAUUCGUGGAGCCACCUAAAUCAGAAAUAAAGCACGAGCAUCUUUGAUCAUGCUAGUCAUACACAAACUACAUCUAUCUGAUACGUAAACCGAUCUACCUGGGCAUUUUUUUUGUACAGGCCAGGAACUUUACAAAUGUGGCCGAUCCAGUUCAAAAGACGAUAAAAAAACGAGAUGAAAGAAACUCUUUUUUUUUUUUGAGUAUUGCAUUUUGGGGCAGACUCAAGUUUCACAGAAGGAUCUGUUGAUGAGAGACUGAUUUGCAUUUUAUUUAUUAAUUUUUUCUUUCAUGUUCCCCCCCCCCGACCAUGUUUACAGAGAGAGACUGAGCUGGGAAAUGCAUUUGUUCGUCAACCUCUUAUUUAUGUUCACGCACAGGAGUCAGAGUGAUGAAACUGGAUUAUAAUGUGAAUAAUUACAGCGUAAUCUAGCCUGACUGUCACGUGCCUUAUCCUGCAGUGUAGUCACUGAAGCCCCUUUAGCAAUGCUAAAUUAACUACAUCAGAAAAUGUGUACUUUGAUUUGAAAAUGGUUGAGUAAAUCACAUGUGCACAAACACACACACGAGGAAGAGCUGAUCAUACACUUGCAUUUCAACAUAUUACCUCACUCAGAAAUCACUGGAUAUGAUAGCAGUUCAUAUGAAACCUGAGAACACGUUUCAUGCACUGGGAGAGAAAACGGCUGUGGAGAGUUUGUACAAAGACAAACCUUGAUCUGAAGAGAGCGCAUCACAAACAAACACUGAUUUAUGGAAUGAAACACUACCCCCCAGUUAG